AUGGGCAAGAAGAGAAAAAGACCGGUCAAGGACCCCGGUCCCACGUCGUCGUCUCAGGCGAGUAUCACCGCAGCGCCCGGCCGUUUCAAACCCUCUAAAGACCCCGUUGCGCGAAAUACCCGCACAACGCAUCCAGUGAUUUCAUUGUACUACCGGCAGGUUUUGACACUGCGCCAGUACCUCUUGGAUCAACUACCCAUAUCUUCCAAAUUGCGGCGAAGGCGCAUCACAUCUUUGCGAUCGUCAUCCGAGCGCAGCAAUGUCCAACCAUUGGCAGACCUGCUGGAUUACACCCUAGUUGGUGUACUGAAGGAGCCAUCUCCGAAAAUCGACUCCGAGCGACAACGCAUCUAUCGAGAGUUCACCCAGUCUCAAUCCCGGUCGGUCCUAGUCAGCACGGACACGGGGCCGACUUCCCCCCAAUCCGAAGUAGUCGAUUUUGUGAUCGGGCAACUCUUCAAACAGAAUUCUAAACCCCAGCAUCUACUCACGCAUGGGUUUCAGCGCUCGUCGAGGGAAAAUGAAGGCCUAGAGGCGAAGGUUCCUGGAAUCGUGAUUCAGUUCCACAAUCAAAAUGUCAACACUCUCCAGCAAUCACCUUGGACGGAGGUGUUGGACCUGUUGGGGCAGAAUGGGGAUGACAUUAUGCUGCGACUACUGUUUGAUUGCGGCAUUUUUGCUCCCAUUGACACCCAAAGGGCCAUCUACCAUCAGUUAAGCGGCCAACCGCUUUCAUUUCUCGAACAGAUUUACGAGUCUUGUGCGAGGCCUGGCGAGUCAAUUCCGGAACAAAAGCCCCCCGAAAAACCCAAACACUCUAAUCGCCAGGGCGAAAUCUGUAGUCCCAACAGCAUUACCUUUCUUCGGCGCACUAUGCUGUAUAGCAGAAAUGCACAUUGGUCAAACGGGAAGCUGAUCGUUGGAUUAGGCAAGACUCAUGUCUUCAACCGCUUCCUAGACUUGGCCUCGGCCGCUAGGACAAUACACGUGAUGAUGUACAUCUUCCCACGGCAGUUUGGUCUGCGCAAUGUGUUUGUCCCGACAGGAGACCAAAAUGAACAAUUUGUAAGCCAUGGCCACGCUUUUCGUGAGGACGAAAUAUUUGAUGGCGAUGGUCAUUCGAAAAUCCCCAAGCGGCUUCGCGGGCAAGUUGUUGAGCUUGUACACAGACUUCGAGCCCGUCAUGCUCGUUGCUCAUAUGAAGGAUUAUUGAAACAUUAUUGUCCGACAGAGUUGAUCGGACCCUGGAAACUAGAAGCUUCGGCCUCGCCUGUCAAGGAUCGAGUGACGGGAACUGAACCUGGCUCGUCCACUGAGGGGAAGUUGACCACGCAGUUACCGCUCAAAACCACUGCAUCUAUCAAGGAAAUAGGCCCUGAGCCAAUUACUCACCCCUUGGAGCAUUUAAAUCCUCCUGGAGUCAAUAAUAGGACCUGCGAGAGCCGUAUUAAGAAACCUAAACUCAGCCUCACACAUUAUGCCACACCGACUUCCUCCGUCUCUGCUUAUUGUCGAGCAGUGCUGCUUAACCUGAUUCCCCAAAAGUUUUUCGGCGAAGGACCAGAGGGAUUUUUCAAUCGAAGGAUCAUCAUGAAACAUAUCGAUUCCUUCAUCAAAAUGCGGCGGUUCGAAAGUCUCAGUCUGCACCAAGUGUGCGAAGGGUUGAAGAUCACCAAUAUUCCCUGGCUGGCCUCUCCCAAACUCCAUAAUUCGCGAAGUGCUAAAAACGCCAAACUAUCUCUGUCCGAUUUCCAGAAGCGCACAGAGAUCCUCCAUGAAUUCAUUUACUACAUUUUUGAUUCCAUCCUUAUCCCCCUGGUCCGUGCUAAUUUCUACGUCACCGAGUCUCAAACACACCGCAACCGCCUGUUCUAUUUCCGUCAUGAUGUAUGGCAACGCUUGACAAAGCAGCCUUUGGAGACCAUGAAAGCGACCAUGUUUGAAGAAAUCGAGUCAUCUCGGGCUCAAAGUUUGCUAGCAAGACGAUCUCUCGGAUUUGGGUCUUUACGUUUACUCCCAAAAACUACUGGCAUCCGCCCCAUUCUCAAUCUGAAGAAACGCGUUUCCAAAGAAUCUAAUUGGGGCGGGAAAAGAAGAACUUAUCUCGCAGCCAGUAUUAAUUCCAGCCUUGCUCCGAUCUCCAAUAUGCUGUCCUACGAACGGAAGAGACAACCUUACAAAUUCGGUUCAUCCUUACAAUAUGUCGGAGAUAUUCAUCUUCGGUUGAAAGAUUUCAAGAGACAACUGAUUCAACAAUCAGCUGAAGCCAAGGACAACAAAUUACCCAAGCUCUUCUUUGUUAAGCUUGAUAUCCAGGGCUGUUUUGAUACCAUCCCUCAGAAACAGCUUUUAGGUCUAAUUGAAGACUUGGUGUCUGAAGAGACUUACCUCGUUACGAAACACGUGGAGAUGAGUCCAUCUGCCUUCGAUGUGCGAGGGAAACCCACUCGAAGAUAUGUUGGACGUGCUACGCCAGCAAUGAAACAGCAGUCCUUAUCAAAUAUGGUAGCUAGCCAAGCCCAGGGUGGUAAGACCAAGACUGUCUACAUCGACACCAUUAAUCAAAAGCUCCAUGGCGCCGAUGAGUUACUAAGCCUCCUCGACCAACACGUGCGCAAUAAUCUUGUCAAAAUGGGCAAAAAGUACUUUCGCCAACGUAAUGGCAUUCCACAAGGCUCCGUAUUGUCUAAUCUGCUGUGCAACUUUUUCUACGGGGAGGUGGAAGAACAAGUGUUGGGUUUCUUACGUCCAGCGGACUCGGUCCUUCUACGCCUUGUCGAUGACUUUUUACUGGUCACAACCGAUGUGAACCAAGCGAUGCAGUUCCUCAAGACCAUGAUCCCGGGUCAGCCAUCUUACGGCGUGUUAGUCAACCCAGCCAAAAGUAUGGUCAACUUUACCGCGGCUGUAGACGGGAUUCAUAUCCCUCGAAUAGAGGGAUCGACGCUAUUUCCGUACUGUGGCAUUCUCAUCAACACACAUACCCUGGAGAUGGUUCGAGACCAAGAUCGUCUGCUAGAGGGUGGCGAUUCAGCUGCCGCGUCCAUCUCCGACACACUGACAGUCGAGACCAGUCGCGCCCCUGGUCGUGUAUUUCGUCGCAAAGUGCUGGCACCUUUUCGACUCCAGAUCCACCCGAUGUAUCUUGAUGAUGGCCAUAACUCCCGAAGUGUUGUACUCGCAAAUCUUCACACCAGCUUCAUAACUUCCGCCAUGAAAAUGUACCGGUAUAUGAAAUCCCUUCGAGGCCGCAGUCACCCAGCGCCACCUAUCAUAAUCCAGACUAUCCAUGAUCUCAUCCAUCAGACAUCCAAAGUGAUUCAAACACGACGCAGCUCGCGCUCAAGACCCUUGUCGUGUUUUGUCCAGUUGUGGCACCUGCAAUACCUGGCCGCCUCUGCAUUCCGGUUUGUCUUAAACCGUAAGCAAACGCGGUAUGUGGCUGUGCUUCAGUGGUUAGACCGAUUGGGAAAAGAAGCACGACCGAAGUCGAAUGCGGAAGCGAUUUGCCUACAGCAGGUAGCGAGGAGGGGAACGGCAUUAUUCGAGCAAUGGCGCUUUUAA